GCGCUGGUUGAGCGGCACUGAGCUACACUGUUAAUAAUAUCAAAUAAAAAAAUUGUCUAGAAACAUUGCAAAAUUCAAAGUUAGGUUUUUGUAAAAGUAAAUUAAAAUAAUGUUUUUGGCUCAAUUUAUGCUGCACUUUUCAAAUUCUUCCUUCGUUAUUAAAUGCUCGUUCGCCAAUAUGAUGUAUUUGUGUCGUGAACUGUAAUUAACCGUUUCGUUCGUUUACUAAAAUGUUCCUUUUUGAAAGCAAAGUGAGAACAUAUCUUUUAUUUAAUUUUUAACUAACCACAUUAUUGAUGGUCAUAAAAAGACACUCAGUACUAGGCAUUUGAUAAAUGUUGAAUCCACAGUAAUCCACCUGUUGCAAAUUUCCGGUAACUAUGGUGCCAGAAGCAUAAACAACGGUAAACAUGACGACGACCGUUGUUUUGUGCAAACGCUUUUUUCUCCACCAUCUAUGACGCCCGGACAAAGAUGAAUUUUGAAGAAAACAUCAUUAAAAGACAAAAUUCAAGCGAAUACUUCGACACUGUGAUCGGUCACAUCGAGGACAUAGUAAUCGGCGAAGAGUUUCAGCGGAUGGUCAAUCAGUUCAUGGAGUGCUACUACUACGAGUUUGAACCGGGGGAAGAGAACAAAAUCGUCUACACGGAGAUCUACCAGAAGUAUACGAACAUGAUCGAGGCGCACAUCGUCGAGCAUCUGAACCGGAAGAUGAGCUGCUUCGAUAUGGAUCUGUUUGCGAUGGAGCUGGAGAACAAAAAGACGCAGCUCGACGGGGAGAUCUUUGAGCUGCUGUACACGCUGACCGACUUUCUCGCCUUCAAGGAUAUGGUGCUGGAUUACAAGGCGUUCAAGGAAGGCGCUUACGACGAUCUGAGCAAGGGCAUCAGCGUGACGGGUCUGCAGAAAUAGUACCUCCGGCACGGGUUAAGCGUCUUAGUAGGUUUGCCGAUUUCUCACGCAUCAGAAGGUUGUUACGAGUCACUUUAUCCAACAGGUUUACGCAUUUAUUUUCGAUUUGCAUUGUAAGUGUACGAAGAACACGUUUAGCUUAAAAGAUAGAAGGGUUUUAGGCAGUGGGGGCGCCCUCAGUGCAUGAGGAUUUCCGUUUGAAUGAGCCUACUGUUGGUAUCGCCGGGCAUACGGUACGGCACCAUCGCGGCCAUGUUGGUCAGGGCCUUUGCUUGCUCGCGCAGAUAGCUUAGUUGCUGUGUGUGUAUGUAUUUGUGUUAAAGAAACAGAAAAUAAUCAUUAUUAACACGUGUUGCGG